GUUAAUUGAUUUGUUAAUUGAUUGAUUUUAUGUUUUUCAUUUUUUCUACAUGGGUACAUUAUUGUGACAGCUACGGCAUUAAUUAUGCAGAUGCCAUUUUUUUGUCGGAGUAUGCAGAUUAUCGAGAGUCCGAAUGGAACUCCCGAGUACAGACGGUUUCAUUUUUUUUGUCAUAGUAUGCAGAUUAGCAGUGUCCGAAUGGAACUCCCGAAUACAUACAGUUUGGCCGCAAGGAGAUUAACCAAUUAGAAGUGGUUGAUUCCUACAAUAUACCGUGACUGUACAAUUCAAGUUCAUUUUUUCCUGUUUGGUUUCUGACUUUCUCUUCUAUUUUGUGUCCUUAAAGUGAGUCAAGUGGGUCGUCUAUGAAGAGUAAAAAAGAACACUGUGUGUGAGAUGUGUUAUUUGUUAGCUUUCUUGUCCUCUCUCUUGCCUUGGCAGUUGGCACACAUGUUGGUUCUUAGCUACCCUGCAAAGACCAAGAAGUGAACAAGGAUGAAAAUCUGAGAGGCAAAACACUGUUCUUCAUUUGUGGAUGAUAUAUUGAUAUUCCUCCCUAUAUUUUGAUGAACAUGAGUUCUAAUUCUAUGGCCACUCCUGCUCCCAAAAGGUUAGAAGGUAAGGUUGCAUUGAUAACCGGUGGUGCUAGCGGCAUCGGCAAGUCGACGGUGAAGCUGUUCAUUGAACACGGUGCCAUAGUGCUAAUAGCUGAUAUCCAGGAUGAACUUGGUCACUCACUUUGCCAAGAAAUCAACUCUGAAGAAUCCAUCUCUUACAUCCACUGUGAUGUAACCUCUGACCAAGAUGUCCAAAAUGCUGUCAACUCCGCCGUCUCCAAGUAUGGCAAGCUUGACAUCAUGUUCAACAACGCCGGGAUCCUGGGUCCUCGGAAACCGAUCACAUCGACCGAUAACGAAGAAUUCAAAAGGGUAUUUGAUGUCAAUGUCUAUGGUGCUUUCUUGGGUGCUAAAUAUGCUUCUAAAGUAAUGAUACCAGCAAAAAAGGGUUGUAUUCUGUUCACUGCUAGUGUAGCUUCAGUGAUCUGUGGAGGAAAUCCGAAUGUUUACGGGGUGACGAAGCAGGCUUUGGUUGGGUUGGUGAAGAGCUUGGCUGUGGAAUUGGGAGAGCAUGGAAUUAGGGUAAAUUGUAUCUCUCCUUAUGCAACAUUCACGCCUAUGGUAAUGAAGACUCUGCCAAUGAUAGAGCAGAGUGAGUAUGAGGAGGUAAUUUGCCAAUCUGGGAACUUGAAAGGGAUACUAUUGGAGCCAGAAGAUAUUGCCCAAGCAGCAUUAUAUCUAGCAAGUGAUGAGUCCAAGUAUGUGAGCGGAUUGAAUCUGGUUGUUGAUGGAGGUUAUAGUGUAGUUAAUCCUACACUUGGGUUGGCAAUUGGAAGCCUGCUUUCUUGAGCCAUUGCUCUGGCAAUUGAACUGGGUCUGGCUCAUUUGUGUCCACUUAGUUAUUCUGAUAUGGCAAAUUAUCUGUAGGAAAUAAUUGGAAGGACUAGGGUUUCUUAUGAACCUACAGUCUUGUAUCACUCUCAAUCUCUGUCUCAGGUCGUGAAAGUUGACUCCAUUAUUGUAGACCCCAAACGUUCAAGGCUGUCAAAGGUUUCUUGAUGUGAAAUUUCACUUAUUUUCUGUAAGCUAUCGUAGAUGUUUAGUUGGUCACAUGGGAAAUUGUGAACCUCAUAUGACCCACAUGUUUCAUAUGAAAUUGUGCA